ACGGAUGCCCAGGGAGCCAGGCGGUGGCAGCAGGCAUGGAGUCCCCCGGCCUCUCCAUCAAACAGGAGCCCCAGGAUUCAGGUGAUGCGCCAUUCCCGGACGUAACCUCCGAGUCUCAGAACAGCGGGGAGCUGAGCUCCGUCCGGCCGUUACGGUCCUCCGGGAACGGCCUCUUGCGCGGGAACGCCAAGGACCCCUCCGUCCUCCUCGUGGGAGGGCGGAAGUAUUCGGACCACUGCGAAGAACGGGCGUCGCGGCCCGGGAAGAGCCGCAUCCCCGGGCGGGACCACCGGCGCUACUACCACGAGCACUGGAGGGCCGAGUACCUGAUGGACUUCAACGCCGCCCGGCACGGCAUGAUUUGCAUGGUGUGCGGCAGCUCGCUGGCCACCCUGAAGCUGAGCACCAUCAAGCGGCACAUCCGGCAAAAACACCCCUACUCCUUGGCAUGGAGUUCCCAUGAGAAAGAGGCCAUCAUGAGCAGCUGGGAUGCUCACCUGGGCCUGGAAGCCGAGACCGACGGAGCCAGGGACUCGGCGGAAGCGUCGGACGCGCCGCAAGGGAGCCACGGAGGGGAGCUGUCAUUCGGCGGGGCCCGCAGGAGACGCCGGGGUCCAGCCCCGCUCUCCUCUCGUGGCGGCCGCCGGUCGUCCGGCCUGGCCUUGAAAGCCUCCUCGGAAGGGGAGGCCCGGAACCUGGAGCAGUACCUGAAAGAGUCCCUCCAGAGCUGGUUCCAGUCCGAAUUCCUCAUGGACUACGACCCGCAGGGCAACCGGCUCUUCUGCAUGAUGUGUGGCUGUUCCUUGCCUAGCCUCAACCUGGACGACAUCAAGCGGCACGUGAUGGACGCCCACCCCAGCUCGCUCGGCUUCGGCCCCUCCGAGAAGGCCGCCAUCCUGGAGGCGUGGAACUCCCGGGCGUCGGUGCUGGCGGCUGAGGGCAGGAGUGCAGGGGAGGCGUCAGCAGAGGGAGACUCGGAUGCCCUCCCGGAGGACCUGACGGUGAAGGAGAUGGACCCGUCUCCGUCACCAGACCGCCCCGCUGCCGAGGAUGGGUCCGAAGAGGCCGGCCCUUGGGACUCGGAAGGGGGCAGCCCUCCGGCUCCGGCCCGGGGCAGGGACCACCGGCGCUACUUCCAGGAGCACUGGCGGGUGGAGUACCUGAUGGACUACAACGGCUUGCGCCACGGGCUGGUGUGCAUGGUUUGCGGCAGUGCCCUGGCCACACUCAAGAUGAGCACCAUCAAGCGGCACAUUCAGCAGAAGCACCCGGACUCCAUGCAGCUGAGUCACCAGGUCAAGGCCCUCAUUGUGCAGGAGUGGAGCCAGAAGGUCGCGCGCCUGGCCGACGCGGAGGACUCCCUUCCCGAAACGGACGCCGAGGCGGACAAAGUGGAACCGCAGCGGGCUCGUAAGUCGCCCUCCUCUCCUGAAGGGGCUCACGAGGACGUGGCGGCGGUCGUGGGAGAGGAAGAGGAGGAGGAGGAGGAGGAAGAGGCGGCCGCGGCCGGAAGGCUUGCACCUUCUCAGCGGUCCCCGGAGGUGGCGUCUCCAGCGGCCGGCACCCCGUCCCGGCGCGGCCAGCGCCGGAACUACCAGCUGCGCUGGCGAGUGGAGUACCUGAUGGACUACGACGAACAGCGGCACGGGCUGAUCUGCAUGGUGUGCGGGGGCACGCUGGCCACCCUCAAGGUCAGCACCAUCAAGCGGCACAUCCUCCAGGUCCACCGCUUCUCCCUGGAGUACACGGCCCUAGAGAAGCAGACCAUCCUGGAGGCCUACGCGGAGAACGAGCAGCCCCAAAACCUCGGGCCGCCGGGCCGGAAGGCGGAGGAGGACGACCCCGGCGCGGACUCUGAGCCCCACGACGUCAAGCCGAACGCCCAAGGGGCCGGGGAGAGGGCGUUGGGUUACAACCUGCCUGUAUGUACAGCGUAGCGGCGGAGCGCCCUGCCCUGCAGUGGCGGGGUGGACUUUGCUAAACGAGGACUGGGCUGGUUUGUUUUCUCUCCCCCCCCCCCACGCCACGCCACCCCUCUGCUGCUCCCCUUGAGGGGCAGCGGAGACCCUUGGGAGUCUCCCUUGCGCAACUGGAACAAACGCGGCGAUGCCAGGGAAAACGUCGUCGGGGGGCUUUUCUGUUUUUGCACCGCGUUCUGUUUUCAUUUGCAUGGUCUGUUCUAGCGGCAAAGGGCUUUAAGGUGCGUCCCCCACCCCACCCCAUACAUCUGCAACUUUCGCGCUCGUAACAGGACUCGUCACGGCUUGAGGGGUGUGUGGCUCACGGUACGUCACGGAGCGACGAAGGUGGAGGACGGCAACACUCGCCCUCCGCUCUCACGUUAUUUCGUCCGAACGAACCGGGCGUCGGAGUUUUCCAGAACCAAGGGCGAAAGCCCAUUCAGAGCCGGGCCCUUUCUUCUUUCUCCGCGUAGAGA